AUGGGCAGGACCGUCGAGGCGGCGCGGAAUAUUGUACUUAGUGAAGAACGAGUCUACGAUUCAAGUGACGAAGACGAAAAUGAAGUCCCAUCUGGGCAGGAAACCGCAAAGUCGAAAUCAAAGUCGAAAUCAUCCCCAUUGAAGGCUCUAAAUGGUACGAAGGCUUCCUCGCAGAGGAAGAGUAGGAAUAUGCCACCUUCAGAAGGAUCAUCACCCGCAACAGCAUCAGGGAUCGAUACCGACGGGGAAGAGGAAACGGAGGACGAAGAACAAGAGGGAAUCGAGAAGUCUAGCGAAGAGGACGGGGAGGAUGGCUCGGACACGGACUCAGCGUCAAGUUCUUCGUCUAGCCGAAAGAGACGGUCCCCAGAAACUCCAGAGAUUCCAUCCAGCAAGAAAGCUAAGACUGCUACAAGGGACAAAGUCAACAUCCCUCCAAAGCCCUUCAAACCGCCGAAAGGCUACGAACCGCUCACGUGGUCGGCAUCGGACUUUGCAUCCGACAUGAAUCUCUUCGACGAUUUGUCCAACAAGCAAAUAUGGCACAUUUCUGUACCCGAGUCAGUCUCCAUCGACUCCAUCAAAGAGCUCGACAUUGAGGCAGUGCUGAGAGGACAACCGAUCCUGAGCCGGAAUGGCGUCGACUACGACAUGCAGGUUCUACCGUCCAGGAACGAUGUCAUCUUCCUGCCUCGCGGCUCAGACGCAAAGUACAAACAAUGCACCAGGAAGAUUGAAAGGAGCUUCUACAUGCGAGAGGUUUCCAGGCCCCAGUCAGAGGGAAAUAAGCCGGCGGUCUUCACGGCGACGCAGACUGGCGCGCCCAAACAGAUCCGAAAACAGCCCGAAGGACUCAAGAUGCGGUAUAUGCCUUAUGGAGUCUCUCCCACACAGGAGGAUAGACCAGAGGAUGUGGAGAUGCGUGAUACAUUGCAAGUUCCACCCGACUUCGACGACGAGGCGUCUUCUUCCCCGGCACAGUCUAGAAAAGGGCGACAGAAACAGACCAAUGGAGAAACAGGCAACGAAAAGAGUCCGGAGAAGAAGCUGCGGGGUGCAGACACGCCAGCCUCGAGCGAGAAGAAGAAGAAAAAGAAGCGGAGGUUGAUGGAUGAGUAG